UUUUCCUAAUACAAUUACAUCGUCCAUAUAGAUGUAACAUUUUUUUCCUAUAUAUUCACGCAGAACAUCAUCUAUAGCUCGCUGAAAGAUAGCUGGAGCAUUUUUUAGGCCAAAUGGCAUUCUGGUGAAUUCAUAUUUUCCGUUAUUUACGGCAAAAGCGGUUUUCUCAAUAUCUUGCUCAUGCAUCUUUAUCUGAUGAAAUCCUGAUGCAAGGUCCAAAGUUGAAAAAUAUUUGUGGUCCUUUAAUUGCUCUAAUACAUAUGAAAUUUCAGGCAUUGGGUAUCGGUCGCUGAUUGUUUUUUCAUUUACUUUCCUAUAGUCUACAACCAUUCUAAACUUCUUUUGACCUGAUGCGUCAUUUUUCUUUGGAACUAUCCAUACAGGAGAUGUCCAAGCUGAUCUCGAUGGUCUAAUAAUACCAUCUUCCAACAUUUUUUUUAUUUGAUGAUGAUUUCAACAUAAGCAGUGGGGUAAGGGUAAACCCGUUGGUGCACUGGAAUUUCGUCAGUGGUAUUUAUAAAACAUUUAACAUUUGUUGCACAGGUAAGCUUUGUAUCAGGUUCAUAAAAAACUGAUUUGUUCAUGUGGAGAAUUUUGAGUAACUUUUUUUUCACAUCGUUGCUUAAAUGGUCAGUACGAAAGUCGGUCAUAUGGUCACUUGCUUUUCCAUUUUCGUAUCGUCUGAGGGGUAUUGUAAACGGUAUGCUGUCGUCAGUAUUAAUUGUCAUUGCACAGUUUUUAAAUGAUAUAUCAGCACAAAUGCUUUCUAGAACGUUGGUGCCUAUUAUUCCAGCAAAAAACGGAUGAAAAUCAUGUACCAGAAAUUGAAAUGGGGUCAUGCAUUUUGGAGCAAAAAAUUUGAUAUCUAUUGCAAGAGUGGUAUUGAAUUUCCCACAUACUGAACUUAUAUUUUUAGCACAUACUUUGUAAGGUCGGUUACCUCCAUAACUGGCUGCUAAUUUUGAUGAUACGACAUUAAUGUUAGCACCUGUAUCGAUCAAAAAUGGGUACUCUCCCUGUGUGGUUGGCAAAUUGACGAAAGGGAGGAAUGAACUCACCAAUUCGCGUUCCACUCUAAAAAAUGGCUCUCGUAAGCAUCGGCUUGAUAUUGAUCAUUUACACUUCGUGAAUUUGUGUAAAAGUUUUGAUUUUGUGAGAUGUGCUCAUUUAUAUCUAGAUAAGAUUCGUUUAAUGGUUGUGAACCUUCUAUAUACUCUAGAGGGGUGUUAAACAUAUUGGUAUUGUUUGCAGUUGCUAUAUCCAUAGCAUUUGCAUGUCCGUAACGUGGGCGUUUAGCAUUAUAAUUUGAUCUAACGUUCGACUGUAAAGAUUGAUCAACCUCCAUAGGAACUGGGAGAUUAUUAUUCACUCUGUUGUAAUUUUGAGGGAGAUGAAAUUUCUGUUGAUGUGGUGGGGUUGGAUAAUUAUAGCUUUGAUCCAUGCCUUGUCACAAACUGAUUUCUGUUUGGUGUGAAAAUUGGUCUAGGUUGAACAUAAUGUCUAGGUUGGUAGAAAUUUUGUUGGUGUAUGGGUUGUUGCCUAUGUGUUAUUGGCGCUGUGGGUAAAUCCCUAGGUUUAGGAAUAUUGUUGUUGGGUUUAUCGUUAAAUGGAGCAGAUCUCAUGUCCAUAUUGUAGAAGUCAAGGCAAUAUUGAAAUGCACUACUCAGCGUUUUUGGGUUAUAUUUUUUUAAUAGAAAACUUAAUGGCUUUUCAAGUCCUCGUAUAAAACUGUCCAACGCCUUUUCUCUAAAAUAAUUUACGUGUGCUGUAUGAUUUUCGGCAUACUUUGGAUCUGACUGAAUAUGCGUCACGAUCGCUGUUAGUAGAUCAUUUACUCUACUAAAAUAGCAACUAAGUGACUCUGACGAUUUUUUUCGUAUCAUGGUUAAUUCAUGAUCCAAUGGUUUCAGGUCUCUUUUAUCCUUAUAAUAAAGGAGAAGAGUCCUUUUUAUUGUAUGCCAAUCGGGGGCGAUACAAUUGGAAUUUAAAACGUCAGCAGCUUCACCUUUAAUUUUUCUUCUGAUGGUUGACUCGAUAAUGUGAUAUUCGAUUGAAUCUCGAGGCAAACGUUCGUAGAUUUUCAAUACAUUUUCGACUUCUAAAAACCAUCCAGGAAGGCUUGCUCCGUGCCCGUGAAAUUCUGGAAGAUCUUUCACAAAAUCUGGCACUUUACCUAAUUCAACGUAUUUGUGAUGAGUCAUAGUUUGUGCUGGUGGCACAAUAUGAGGCUGAUAUGAUGGAUUCAUUUUUCGAUUUCUGGAUUGUAUUUCAAAACGUUUGAUUUUGCGGAAAAUUUUGAAAAAUUCGUCGCCUUAAACGAUUUAGUGAUUUGAAAAUUUAAAUGAUGGAAACAGACAAGAUUCUCACUUCUCUAACUUUUCCUAAUUGUUCACUAAUAGUUCUAAUUAUUCACUUAUUUACAAUUUAAAAUUUUACGACGGGAAAAAAAAAUUACGGCAACUAAUGAUAAAAAUUGACUCAAAAUGACUUACAGUAGAAUCAUGAAGACUUUGAAACGAGUGCAGCUCAUCGUUGUCCACGUAGCGAUGCGAACGAAGUGAUGUCUACGAAGAGAUGUCCACGUAGCGAUGUUCUCGUAGCGAUGUUUUCGUAGCGAUGCUCUUGUAGCGUUGUACUCGUAGCGAUGUCCUCGUAACGUCUCGGGAUAGAAGGCUAAUGUAACACUCCAGGUGGUUCUUUUGGGAUGUCUUCCUACUAGGGGUCUUCGGUGUCGUUCGGGAUGAAAGUCUCGAAUACAGCAACUUCUCGUACACUUGUGCAGGUUUUAUAUUCACUUGGUUCACCUCACUUUUUGGUACUUGUACGUCCACGUCUUAAAUUCAUUUCACUAGCUUGUCACGACACUUAAAACUUUGUGCAGAGUUUUUGUAUUGUUUUUCGUCUCACUUUCGUUUUUCGGUAUACGUAGAACAAUAAGCUAGUGCCUCUAAUCGUUAUUGUGUAGGCUUCCUUUGAUAACUUGUCGCCUCACUUUGAACGUAGAGGUCCCUAUUCGGGCGCCAGUUAAGAAUUGUACUUUACAAUAAUGAAGGUUCGGACGCGGAUGUACACUUCUUCUUCUUCUUCUUGGCUUAACGACCUUACAGGUCACGCCGGCCAUUUCUGGCUUACUAGACUUAUUUUACCACGUAGCCAGAUAGUCAGUCCUUGCUACGGGGGAACGGUCCGGAUGGGAUUUGAACCCGGUCCGGCCGUGUGGACUGGCGCCGUUUAUCACAUGCACCACCGGACCGCCCUUAAAACCGGAUGUACACUUAAAACGUCUGAUUUUACUGCUAGUCAAAUUCAGAGUGAUUUAUUUUAACUAUUGACUAUUGAUACAUGUAUGUGGAUUGGGGGAAUUGGAUUGGAACAGGGAACGGAGGUGGUGCUGAUUCAGCUUCUCGGUUGCUAAGUCAUUCGAUGCAAACGUUGGUACAGGUUCGGUGCGAAGCAUAAGCUGACGACGCUGUUGGCGGUCCGGUACGAAAUAAAAGCUGACGUCGCAGGAAUUACUGGGUCAGCGGAUGUUCGAGCGAUGUGUUAACUCGCUCAAGCUAAGUGUGAGCUGAAGAAACUGAUGGUGUUUGAAGCCCCACCUGCCUCUCAGUUUGACGUAACGCUUGCUUCAGCUCCUUCUCGUUCGGAUCAUCUGCCGCGAAUUGAACUACCGAAGUUCAACGGUGAUCCGUCGGAAUGGCCAGCGUUCGCGGGGCGCUUCGAGAAGCGCAUUGCAGGCCUUACCGGAGACGCCGAACGGUACGCGUUUUUGGUGAAGUGCUUUGACCGGUGUGAAAUCGCUCGAAAUAGUUGCGAGGCGUUCGAAAACGCUGGCAUGCCUUUUGAUAAGGCAUGGCAGAAGCUCGAAGAGCGGUUUUAUAAAAAACGCGUGGCUUUCCUCGGUCAUUUUCGGCACAUAACAAACCUGCCCAAGAUGACUACGGCGUCAUCUAAUGGGCUGAUGAAAAUAAUCGACGUGGUUGAAACGUCGCUUUCAGCUGCAAGACAGAUUGCAGGCGAAUCGGGGCGUAAGCCUAGCGUGGGAGAGAACGGUCUUCUGGUCACUAUAGUGAUGUCAAAGCUGGACGAUGAGACCAUCACAAGGAUCUCACGCAGGCUGGACGCUCAAACCAUUCGUACGUGGAAGGAAUUGCGCGACGAGCUCGACAGAUUGUCGAGCUUGAUCUAUUAUGAACCGCGUAGGGCCGCAAUCCGUCCAGAUCGUGAUUUUAAUAGUGCAAAGGUGCGACCAGCAAGAGCGAUGGUUGCUGCCACGGUCGAUCCAGGAAGCAACCGACAGUUGACAAGUGCGCGAACCACGCGAGUGAGUGUUGCUACAGUGUACCGCCGGGAAAGCAUUCGACGGUGUUACGCGUGUGACAAACAGGGCCAUGUGGGCCCACAGUGUCCCGAACUGCAAACUCGCUCAACGUACGAGCGAGUAAAUUACGUAAUGGGUAAAGGUAAGUGCGUGAACUGUUUUUCCAGUCAGCACGCCGCUGCGCAAUGCCCAAGUGAGAAAAGGUGCCAAAUGUGUAGCAAAAAGCACCACACGAUGCUACAUAUGGAAAGUAACGAUUCAGCGAAGUGACGAUUAUGUUGCGAGUCUUUUCGUACAAAUUUCGUGGUUCCGUGUCCUGGUUACCUGCCUCCCUCAGUACGUUCCCGUUCGUGCUCCGUGCCCCGCCCUCGCUUCGUGCCACCAUCUUCAGGUGCUGGUGGUGCAUUUCCAGCGAUGGCCGAUCCACGCGGUCGGUGUGUAACGCCGUCGCGUGGUGUCCAGCGUUCGUGCUCCGU